AUGUCCAUCACUUCGCGAGCAACGGAUGACUCGUUUGUCCCCUUGACGUCAAGGAUCAGCAGCAGGUACCCGCCAACGGGUCGGCCAACCACCACGGCUACCAGUGUCGCUGGACAAGACAUCGUCUGUGCCAUCAGCGAGUCUCGUGGCGUCUCGUCCAUUGUUGGCUUGGCCUUUGUCAACCUCGCCACAGCGGAGGUGGUCCUGUCCCAAAUCUGCGAUAGCCAGACUUAUGUGAAGACAGUCACCAAGAUCGGUGUCUUCGAGCCUAGUGAAAUUCUAUUCAUGAAUACCGUCAAGGAAUCCAAGCUGCGCUACAUCAUUCAAGAGAACAUACCAGGCCCGAUAUUCACCUUUCUGGAUCGCAAGUAUUGGUCUGACAAGAUGGGCCAUGAGUAUCUGGAACGAUUGGCUUUCCCUGACGAGCUUGACUCUCUCAAGGUGACACUGGGAGGGAACUUCUUUGUGGCAUGUUGCUUCGCUGCGGUGCUGAGGUAUGUUGAGCUGGAGCUCCAAUGCGCUUUUUCCUCCCACUCCCUGCGGAUCAGACUCGAGCCGUCACAAGGGUCCAUGACCAUCGACCUAGCGACUAUCAUAUCCCUUGAACUCAUCCAGAACUUGCACAAUACGAAGUCAAAGGAUAGCCUGUAUGGGCUGCUCAACGAAACCUUAACACCCAUGGGGGCCAGGUUGUUGCGGGCAAACAUCCUGCAGCCGUCCACUGAAAGAGUGAAGCUAACAGCAAGGUACAACGCCGUUGAAGACUUGUCUUCCAAAGAGGAUAUGUUUGUUUCUGUCCGCCAAGCAUUGAAAGGCUUCGUCGACGCCGAUAGAGUCUUGACCUCGAUCAUUCUUGUCCCCACUAACCGAACGGUCCAAUAUAUCGAGCAAUCGGUUAACAAUGUCAUCAUGCUGAAAACAUUUGUGUCUGGAAUCAAGAAAAUUUACCAAGCCCUGGGGGCUGCACAAAGUGAUUUAAUCUCGACAAUCCGCGAGCUAUGUUGUCCCGCAGGAUAUCGUGCUGUCGAGCAGCUCAUCAAUGCAACGUUGAACGAGCACAUCACCUACCAGAGCAAACCAUUAGAUCUUCGGAACCAGCGAGUGUACUGUGUCAAGGCUGGGGUUAACAGUCUCCUCGAUGUGGCCAGACAGACGUACAAGGAGGCCAAUGCGGAUGCUUCAGAGCUUGUGGACAAGCUAGCAGAAACCUGCGAAAUGGCCUUGGAUCUCAAAUAUGACACAGCUCGUCAAUACUACAUCUGUAUUUCCAUUUCAGAUGCGGAGUCACUGCCUGAUGUUUUCAUCAAUGUGUUCCGUAAGAGGAGUCGCGUCGAAUGUCAAACGCUAGAUCUCGUCAAAUUGAACCAGAAAAUCACCGAUGCACACACCGAAGUGAUAAGCAUGAGCGACCAAACUGUCCAGGAACUGAUCCGAGAUGUGUGCGCGCAGGUUUCAGGACUAUUUCGAGUCAGUGAAGCCAUUGGGAUGUUAGACAUGCUGACAGCCUUCGCCCAGCUGGCUACCAGCUAUGAUUACAUUCGUCCGGAGCUGACGGCCACACUGGCGAUCAAAGCCGGCCGCCACCCAAUCCGAGAGCGAAUCCACAGCAGCAAGUUCGUACCAAACGACGCCUAUGCCACACCUCAAACACGGUUCCAAGUUAUUACUGGCUGCAACAUGAGUGGCAAGUCGACGUAUAUCCGCUCAAUGGCACUCAUGACCGUCAUGGCACAGAUUGGCUGCUUUAUACCAGCUCAAUAUGCCUCUUUCCCCGUUGUACACCAACUGUUCGCACGUAUGGCGACAACCGACGACCUGGAUGCCAAUGUAUCCACUUUCGCAGCGGAAAUGCGCGAGAUGGCAUUUAUCCUGCGCCACGUCCAACCUCGGGCGAUGGUACUCGUUGAUGAGAUCGGUCGAGGUACGAGCACAACAGAUGGCCUCGCAAUAGCGGUUGCAUUGGCAGAAGCUCUUCUUGCCAGCAACGCUCUGGUAUGGUUUGUCACACACUUUCAUGACCUGGCACGUAUUUUGUCUGAUCGAAAUGGCGUGACGAAUCUUCACCUUGCUGCAGAUAUUACAGCCGGUGCGAGCAAAAUGACCAUGUUAUACCAAAUUGCCGAGGGUCCAGUUCCAGACCGACGAUAUGGUCUCGUUCUCGCCCAGCUAGUCGACCUCCCCCCUGCUGUUCUGGAAGUUGCGAAACGAGUCUCAGAGACAUUGGACGGCUUUGCUCAGCGCCGAAAUAGUUCGUCGCGUGUGGUUACAAUCGCACGGAAGCGAAAGCUUCUUCUUUCGCUCCGCGAACAACUUUUUAUCGCUCGAGACAGCACCAUGGAUGACGAAUCUCUCCGCCGCUGGCUGCUUGAAUUGCAAAACGAUUUCACGAUGAAAAUGGCAGCCAUGGAUCAGGAAAUGGAUUCGACUAGCGACAGCCUCAGUGAACCCGCUGAGCAUCAAACCUCAAUUCAUAGUAGCCCAGUUCUCGACUCUUGUCAUCGUUCAUCGAGCAUAAGGGAAGGCUCGAAACGUUCCGCAGCGAAAGUGGGGACUGGCUCCGAACCUAUCUCGAUUGAAUCCGACUUCGCAUCAGAGACUGCUGACACUGACAUUGUUGUACUGGUUUGA